CAUUUUCAGUCUCUUAUCUCCCAAUAUUUUUACGCCUUACACUCCACAUUCCGCAAGGCUACUAAUGGCUUCUCUUUCUGCUUCUUCCCUGUCUCUCUUCCCACUUUCUUCUUCUUCUUGGUCCUUAACCAAACCCCAAUUGAACUUCUCUAUUGCCACCACCAACAGGAUCAAAUUCACCAUACCCACAAAACCAAGAAACCAUGUUGGCACCCACGUCAUCCGAUCAGCUGUUUCGAUCGACAAGGAAAUCCUACUAUCCGAGAGUCCCCAUACCUUGCUCCGAGAAUCCGAUGGAGAUGGUAACGCCAUCAGGGCACGGUUCCAGCAAAUGAUAAUGAAGGCUCAGGCUAUAGUGUGUGAAGCCAUCGAGGAAGUUGAUGGAGUCGGAAAGUUCAAGGAGGACGCCUGGACCAGACCUGGUGGUGGUGGGGGCAUCAGCAGAGUGCUGCAGGAUGGGGCCGUUUGGGAGAAGGCCGGGGUAAAUAUCUCUGUUGUUUAUGGAAUGAUGCCUCCAGAGGCCUAUCGUGCAGCUAAGCCUGCUGCUACGGAUCUGAACCCUGGUCCUGUUCCAUUUUUUGCCGCCGGGAUCAGCUCGGUUUUACAUCCAAGGAAUCCCUUCGCACCUACAUUGCAUUUUAAUUAUCGGUAUUUUGAAACAGAUGCUCCUAAAGAUAUUCCUGGAGCACCAAGACAAUGGUGGUUUGGUGGUGGAACUGAUUUGACCCCUGCUUAUAUCUUUGAGGAAGAUGUCAGGCAUUUCCACUCGAUUCAAAAAAGGGCUUGUGAUAAAUUUGAUCCAACCUUCUAUCCUCGAUUCAAAAAGUGGUGUGAUGACUAUUUUUAUAUUAAGCAUAGAGGUGAGAGGCGGGGACUUGGGGGAAUCUUUUUUGACGAUUUGAAUGACUAUGACCAAGAGAUGCUUCUUUCUUUUGCUACAGAGUGUGCAAAUUCUGUGGUUCCUGCUUACAUACCGAUCAUGGAGAAAAGGAAGGAUAUGCCAUAUACCGAGAGGCACAAGGCGUGGCAACAAUUGCGCAGGGGUCGCUAUGUAGAAUUUAACUUGGUCUAUGAUCGUGGCACAACAUUCGGACUUAAGACAGGUGGCCGAAUUGAAAGUAUUCUUGUUUCUCUCCCUCUAACUGCAAGAUGGGAAUACGACCAUAAACCAGAAGAAGGAAGUGAAGAGUGGAAACUAUUAGAUGCCUGCAUCAACCCCAAGGAAUGGAUCUGAUACUUUUCUUGUCAAUUACGUUGUGCCAUUUUGAAUUACCUUCCCGUCCCUCUCUGUCUCUCCCUCAUUCUUAUGCUUGUUCAGAAUUGUUUUUCUGCCGCAGAAGUUAGAAUCCAGUUUGUUGGUGCUGUUCAAAAAAGAAAAAAAAGGGGGAAUAUAUUUUGUUCUGAUGAGGCUCUCUCGUCAUGCGCCAUGUACUAGUUUGAUUUUGGUUUUGAUUUCUAUAGUAAUUGAAUCCGCCAGACGCUAACUGUUGCAGGCAAGAUGUGAAUUUUUGAUGAAUUUUUGAUGCAGCUAGAAACGUGAGUAACAAUCCUAAAACUUGAAAGCGAAAAAGGUAUAUUUUCCCUUAUAUUUUUCAACCUUACUGAAAUCUUCUCUGUACUUUUUCCUGUAAUUUAUUGACCCUUGAACUUUGAUCUUGAAUAAGUCAGCCGUUUUACA